AUGUCUGCCUCCUGUCAAAUGAAAGAGUUUUCAUGGAGUAGAUCAGAAGGAUCUCUGAUUGACUUGGAUGAUGGAAGCCCUAAUUGGACAGAUGACAAAGAGAAUGAAUUACAUCCGAAGUCCCAUUGGCCUAGAGAAUUUAAGCAAGGUGCUCCUGGCAUGUUCAAGACAAAUCCUUUUUGGAAUGAACUGUCUGCAUCCAACCCUUUUCUAGAUGACGUGGCUCAAUCAAGCAAUAGAGAAAAAAACAAAAAGCGGAUAUCUAUCUUAAAAGAAGACCCUUAUUUACUUUUUAGGGAUUCAAAUAAUGGGGAUUCAAACAACAGAGAUUCUGCUGCUUCAUCUGGAGAUGAAUUAAAUAUUGAUUAUCUGUAUCUUCGCAAAACUUCAAAGAGAUCUGCAAAGUAUAGGAGUGCUUCCGAUCUUUUGGAUAUUGUUGGGGCCAAGACUUUUGAACCUCCUCCUAUAGCUCCAUCCAACUACCUUCUGCCUCUAGACAGUGAAUCGCUUCAGAAUGAUCGAGAAGCCUAUAAAACAGCCUGGCUGAAUCAACGACAGCUGGCCCGAUCAUGCCUAGAUCUGAGUGUGAUGAAUCAGAGUCCAGGAUGGGCACAGACUCAAUCUGUAGAAACUCAUAUAGUAUGUAAAGUGAGUCACGAAGGUGGCUCGGUGCAGCUUCCUGACUCAGAUAUUGCUGUCCAUUUCCCUGAAGGUCAUGUAGCACUUGGAGAAUUUCAAGAGGUUGGCUUACGGGCUCUUCUCAACUCUCCAUCAUCUCUUAAUCAUGAGCAUUCAACCACUAUAAGCCCACUGAUAGAACUCGCAUUGAGUAACCUCAAUACAACAGAAGCCAUUUUGUUAGAAAUGAAAAUUGCAGCUGAGGUGAAAAAGGACCCCUUUAGUCAGGUUAUGACUGAAAUCGUAUGUCUGUGUGGUGCCAGUAAAGAAGGCCCAUUUGAAAAAAUACACAACUGCUAUAUUUAUAAAGAUACUAUACAAGUGAAGCUAACAGAGUUAAGUCACUUGAUGUACAUUGUGACCGUGGCCCAGACAAACACUCUUCAUUCUCCUUCAGCAAGUGUUUGGGAAUAUAUCCACAGAAAACUUUCAGUUGGAAUUUAUGGGCCCAAGCAUAUCCACCCCUCUUUCACUGCUGUGUUUGCACUGUUUAGUCACAAUUAUGUGCCAGAAAAGCUUAGAGUGUGUGACAUUAAAAAAGGAGGAAAGAAUAUGCCCCCAGUUGUUUUCCAGUUGUGGGGGAAGCACACGUUUAUCCUUGAGAAGCCGCAAGACCUGAGCAUUUUUGUGGCCUCUUGUGAUUCUGAUUUUGAAGUGAAGGAAGAAGAUCAAAGAAAAGAAAUUAAGCAAGGGACACUGGAAGGGGGCGGUGAGGUGGUUCACCAACAUUUUCCAUUUUCUUUGGUCAACACAAGGAAAAUACAUCUGUUUGUCAUCCGUGUUCAAGUUAAAGUCCCAAACGACAACCUCGUUUGCCACUUCUACAUUACCACCCCUGAGCCAGCUCCAAAACUACUCCCUGGAAUAGCUAAACAGGCAAACAGAGUGAAAAAACGUAAAGAGAUCAGAUCUGCACCUUUGCUGUCAAUGCCAAUAAUUAAAUACCCGGUCUUUCAAGAUAAGCCUUUGAAUGUGACCAGCUAUGGCAUAGCUUUGAAAACUGUGUUACGGCAAACGAAAAUAGAUUAUUUGCUGGAGUAUUUCAAAGGGGAUACGAUAGCGCUUCUUGGAGAAGAUAAGGUGAAAGCUAUCGGACAAGCUAGAAUAAAAGAGUGGUAUGUGGGAGUUCUUAGGAGGAAGGUCGGCCUUAUCCACUGCAAAAAUAUCAAAGUGAUAACCAAAGAUCAAGCUCUAGAUGUUGAAGACAGCGCCAUCAUGACCUGCAGCCUCCUUGCCCAAAUUGCAUUGCCUUUUAAAAAACUGACCUACAUCUAUUCGGCAAUCUUAUCCACUGUAUCAGAAAAAAUGUAUGACUGGAAUGCUUUGGCUGAUGCCCUUGGGUUUUCACACAUGUCUCUUGACGAUUUCAAUGAGGCACAGGCUGAGAAAGAAUCAGAAAAAGUUGCAUACAUAGUGAAAAAGCUGAAGGAAGUUUGCCAUGCAGACAGAAGUAGGAGGCGUUUCCUAUAUGAGCUCUCUGUUGCACUUUUGAAGCUGGAUCGCCAAGGAUUACUAGCACGCAUUACCCAGGACACCGUUGUGUUUACUGCAGCUGUAAAACUAGGGAAAGGAUGGAGAGAGUUGGCAGAAAAAUUAGCCCGACUCACAAAACAACAAAUCGAAGCUUAUGAAAUUCCCCACCGGGGGAAAAAUGGGGAUAUUCCUCCAGAGAUGAUGUGGAAGCCAGCGUAUGAUUUUCUGUAUACCUGGGGAGCUCACUAUGGAGACAGCUACAGGGACAUGUUGCAAGACCUGCAGUCUGCACUGGACAAAAUGAAAAAUCCUGUAACCAAGCAGUGGCGAGAAUUAACUGGAGCGCUGAUUCUGGUGAACUGCAUGGAGGUUCUCCGAGUAAAUGCCUUCUCCAAGAUGGAUGAAGAAUAAAA